AUGACAACACUCGGACAACGUUGGAGUUCCGCUCCUACUAUAAUACAUGGUGUGGAAUAUUUGAUCUUUGUCUUUUUAAUAUUUGGGUUAUUACGAUUGUGGUAUGUUAAUUAUCUAUGGAAAAAAGAGGAAAAUAGAAUCGCGGAAAUUAGAGCAAAAAUAGAAAAAGAAUUAGACGAGAGUACUGAUGCGCCAAUAAUAAAUCCAGUCACUAAUGGACCUAAUAACCAGUCAUCAAGAUUAACACACGUACCUGACUCAACAGUUCCUCCAAAUGGAACGACGUCUGCAUCUGCUGGUCUAAAUACAUCUACAGUUGGAGUUCCUAUGUCUACGUUUGGCCCUUCUACAUCAAUUACUGGCCCCUCUAUGUCAAUUACCGGCCCUUCUAUGUCAAUUACCGGCCUUUCUACAUCGAUCACUGGUCCUUCUACAUCGAUCACUGGUCCUUCUACAUCGAUCACUGGUCCUUCUACAUCGAUUAUUGGUCCUUCUACAUCGAUUACUGGUCCUUCUACAUCGAUUACUGGUCCUUCUACAUCGAUUAAUGGUACUUCUACAUCGAUUAAUGGUCUUUCUACAUCGAUUAAUGGUCUUUAUACAUCGAUUAAUGGUCUUUCUACAUCGAUUACUGGCCCUUCUACAUCGAUUACUGGUCCUUCUACAUCGAUUACUGGCCCUUAUACAUCGAUUACUGGUCUUUCUACAUCAAUUGCUGGUCUUUCAACAUCAAUUACUGGUCCUUCUACAUCAAUUACUGGUCCUUCUACAUCAAUUAUUGGUCCUUCUACAUCAAUUACUGGCCUUUCCACAUCGACUGCAGGCCCAUCUACAUCAACCAUCGGCCCAUCUACAUCAACGAUUGGUCCAUCAAUAUUUACCAGCCCUUCCACAUUAUUUCUUGGCCAAAAUCAUACUUUAUCUAGUCAAGCACCGAUAAAUUUUGCCAAUACCAAUAUACAAUCAACGCCUUUUGCGCCUAACGCUUGGCUACGCGAUGGUUCACCGGUUCAAGUUAAAGUUCCUCACGCCAAAUAUCGUACUACACCCUUCGUUACUCCUAUGACAUCUAAUGAGCGGUCAGUCAGUAUUAAAAGACGGGUUCAUGGAGGCAUGCCUCCAGACCCGGAUCCGGAUGAAGGAAUUGAAUAUUAA